UGUUUGUUGAUGUUUACAGGAAGUAAGUUGAUGCACUUCCUUCUUCUACCAGAGGGUGGCGACUGCAGUGAUCUAGUCGGCAAGUUGAAACGUUGAAACACUCUGCUUUUGUCUCCCUGGCGUCCACUCCAGCUGAGACAGUCCUCGGAUUCAUCUGCAGACAUGUACCUGUAUCUACUGGGUGUGGUGGUUCUCUUCUACCUGUACCGCUGGGUAAAGGAGCAACCCAGGGUGUCCGACAAGGGUGGAAAGUUUGUGUACAUCACAGGCUGCGACAGCGGCUUUGGUAACCUCUUAGCUCGGCACCUGGACAAGCUGGGCUUUCGGGUGAUCGCGGGGUGUUUCACCGAGAAGGGUGAGGAAAGUCUGAAGAAGACCUGCUCUGGCAACCUGAUCACCACCCACCUGGAUGUUACUUCAAAGGAGAGCGUGGCCAAAGUCACGGCGAUGAUCACAGACCAAGUAGGAGAGCGCGGUCUUUGGGCUGUGGUGAACAAUGCUGGUGUAGCGGUUCCCACCGGCCCAUGCGAUUGGCACAUCCUGGAUGACUACAAAGCCAUGCUGGACGUCAACCUGUACGGGGUGAUCGGCGUCACCCUGAGUGUGCUGCCACUAAUCAAAAAGGCCAAAGGGAGAGUGGUGAAUGUUGCAAGUGUUUUUGGGAGGAUCAGCCCCGUUGGGGGUCCAUAUUGUGUCUCAAAGUAUGGCGUGGAGGCAUUCAACGACAGCCUCAGGAUAAAUAUGGCUCCUUUUGGUGUCAAAGUCCUUUGCAUUGAGCCAGGCUUCUUCAAAACCAACGUGACUGACAGUCAGAUCCAUAUCAAAAACGUCAAAGACCUGUGGGACCGCCUGCCCCAGAACAUCAAGGACGACUACGGAAGUGAUUACGUUCAAAAGGCGAUAAAAGUGAUCGAAGGAAAGGUGUCGAAGCUAGCUGACGCUGAUCUGAUGAAGGUGGUCGACUGCAUGGAGCACGCCAUUUCCGCCACCUGUCCCCGCAAACGCUACUCCCCCGGCUGGGACGCCAAGCUUUUCUGGCUGCCGCUGUCAUACAUGCCAUCAUGUGUCACUGAUUACAUCUUGCUCAAGGAGGCAAUUCCUAUUGCCAGGAAAUAAGUAGUCCAUCCAGUUAAUGUACUAUCAGAGGACAAUACACCAAAGAUGUUUGUCUUGGUCUCUGGUUGUCCAUGAAAUUAUUAGACACAUUCCCAAGGCCACUUUAUCGUGUGUUUUGGCUUAUUCAGCGCUGGUUAUCACUUUGUGUUAAAGGUAAUAAAAAACUAAAGAACCAGCUUUUGACCUGAUUAUAACUGAAGCAGGACCAAGCUUCCUUUAACCCUCCCCCAGGGUUAAAAUAUGAGACUAGAACAGAGGGUGCUGUUUUUAAAGUACUUGAAUUCUGACUGAAGUUCAUGAAAGAUCAACUGAAAUAAAUUUUGCACAAAAAAAAAGGCAA